AUGGAACUAACCCCCAGACGUCAUGAACUCCUCUGUACAUACCUUCUCGGAAUCGGAACGCUCUUUCUAUACACUGGAUACUCGUUGCAGCAGUUUAUUGGAGAAUCAGUCAUCCAUUCGAUCCACGAAAAGUCGCCAGACACUAUCUCGGCAUAUGCAGGGUAUUAUGGAGCCGCUUUCCAUCUAUCGGCAUUCGCAGUUUGUACACUUAUCACCCCAUCCCUUCAACAUUUUGUUCCGAGUAAAUGGUUCCUGACACUGGCUUCUGCACUUUUUGCAGUUUAUUAUCUUGGAUUCUUCCAACUGAAUAAGUAUUACUUCUAUCUGACACAAGCUCUCAUGGGUAUUGGAUAUUCUUUCUACAACAACGGAGAGGGACAAUAUUUGUCCGAGCACUCGUCUCGUAGAACGAUUGAAUCGAAUACUGGAAUCGAAACAGCCGUCGGACACGCCAGUAUGUUCUUCGGAGGAAUUGCACUGAUUGUGCUCUGUUUCUUGUUGCACACGGAAGGAGGAAAUGGAAUUGAGUACUCGGAUUUGCAGAUCAGAUUCAUCUACGGAACAAUGUUUAUUUUGAAUGUGUUUUCUGUCAUUGUUUUCGCCUUCCUUCCCACCAAACAAUACGAUUCCAUCGCAUCGAAAUCCUCAACAGUGGUCCCAUCGUUUGCCAAUCAGAUCAAACAACUUCUCAAAGCCUUCCAAUCGAAAAACCUGCUCAUUCUGAUGCCAUUUUUCUUCUUUCAAGGAUUCGCCGUAUCAUUUUUGAUGACUGUUUAUCCAACGACACUUUCCUUCACAUUUGCAUUCAGAACUGAUAUUUAUAUCAUUGGAAUUUAUUCUGUAUCCAUGGGAUUAGCUGAAGCUAUUGGUGGAAUCUUCCUCCGCCCACUGCUCAAAAGAGCCGGUGACUACGGCCUGUAUGUGAUCGCAGCCACCAAUUUCCUCUCCUAUUCCAUUAUUAUCAUCCUCGCAGUUUUAUCAAUUCCAAAUCUUGCAACUUUUGGACCAACCAAUUCCGCUCCUCUCUUCUUGACUCCAAGUCGCCUUCUUGUGUUCAUCAUCGGAUUCCUGAUUGGAUUCUCAGAUUUCUGUGUCACAAUGGCACGUGCCGUCAUUUGUCAAGUUGCUGUGCCCGACUGUCGUAUGCAGGUCUUUUCGUUGUCCAAACUGUAUCAGAGUGGUUCCUCAGUAGUGGUGCUUCUUCUGACUCCUUACAUGACAAUCUACAUUUGGCUAUGCGUACUUACCGUAUUCCUUUUCGUCGGUACCUUUGGAUUCGUGAUCGUUGCUCGACGUACAGCCGCUGAUCGUCAGAAGCACUCGGUUGCUCAUCCUUCUCAAGCACAACUCGCUGAUAAAAUUUAA